GGCAAGCGAUCAAAAAGGAGGCUCUUCCCCCUCAUCGGAAUAUCCCGCCAAGAACUCGAGCCCCCGGCGUCGAUGGAUCCGCAGGCGACGGCGGCGGCGGGGCGCUCCGCGGCCGGAGACGGGGGUGCCUCCGCCCCUUACGAGCUCCUCCUCUCAUGUCCUCUCGGCCUCUCUCCGUCGCAGGUUUCUGCCGAGUUCGAUGGAUCGCACGAUAGGGUCCCGCACCCCGACAUCGACUUGGAGAAUUCCAUUUCUGAGAUAUGGGACCAAAGAAUUCAGAGAAAUGCAUCUCUGUACAAUGGGACGAAGUUCAGGUAUGCAGGAUUCAUCACACAUAAGGAAGGAAGUGGAUCUGAGAAAAUUUCUUGGGUAUCACUCCACCUUGGCCUAACGGACUACAGGACUUUUGUUGGGACAAACUUGAAUCCUCUGUGGGAAAGGUUCCUGGUUCCAUCAAAAGAGGACACCAUUUGCUGUCAACACACCUCCAGUCCGUUAGGCAAUGGUGCAAUUGUGGAGACAUUAGACAAGAAAAUACUGGUACUGCGAAGAAGCAAUAAUGUUGGGGAAUUUCCUGGUCACUUUGUAUUCCCAGGAGGCCAUCCAGAGCCCCAAGAAAUUGGAAUAGAGUCCCAUCAGCCCGGCAACAGUUUGAGGGAGUCUGAGCUGCUCAACAAGAGAGUUUCUGAAGAGAUGUUUGACAGCAUUGUCCGAGAAGUGAUUGAAGAAAUUGGAGUACCUGGCUCAUCCCUCGGCAAUCCACUUUUCAUUGGUAUAUCUCGUCGGGAGAUGAAUGUUAGACCAGCUGCCUUUUACUUCAUGACAUGCACUCUUCACUCGGAUGAAAUUCAAAAAUGCUAUUCUAGUGCACAAGAUGGCUUUGAAUCAACUCAACUUUAUGCAGUGACACUGAUUGAUUUGGAGAACUUGACUUCUAAAAUGCCUGGCUGCCAUCAAGGUGGCUUUGCUCUCUAUAAAUUGAUGUUGGAAGCUGCGAAGGAUGCGAGAUGAAAGCUCUGGACUUGGACUUGGAGGAAAAUCGUCGAUGCAUCGACAACGAGAAUUCCCAUAACUUCCCUCCUGCGAUUGAUAUGUUAUUCUUUUGCUUAAAAAUCUAGAAUCACAUACGUACUUAAUGCCAUCGAAAUGGUGAGACCCACACGGGCUUCGUGACCAUGCGAUCGAAUGGCCGGGUCAUGAUCUGCCAAACAUAAAUGUAAAACUGUCACUUUGUUAAUUCGAUUAUAACCCUCACAGAGGAUAAAUAUUCAAUAUGUAGGAACCACAAAGUUCUGAUUCAA